AUGGAGGAGUUUGAUGACGAAGGUGGAUGGAUCACCAAAGUAGCAAAGAAACGACGCCACGGAUCCAAUUCGAGUGAGGCGACGAUGAUCACUCAGCCGACUCACAACCUUGUGGUCAUUGUCAAACCUACUAAUCCGACCACGAUCAUCACUAACAUGAAUCCUCUGGCUCUGAAACAGAUGCUAGAAAACCUGGCACCAGACGGAGUAGUCGAAAUUAGACCAAAUUAUCGCCUUAACCUAUUGGCCAUAGAUGCAAGAAAUAUAGAAUCAACGAAGUCCCUCCUUCAACUGAAGAAGCUUGGCACAAUCCAAGUUCAGACGUAUGAGCCAGCACCCCCAUCUUCCAAUGUUGGCGUUAUUCGCGGCGUAUCAACAGAAAUCACAGACGCGGACCUCUGGGCAUCAAUAAGGGAAAAAGCACCAGUCAUUCAAGUGAGGAGACUCGGCAAGACAGAGGCGGUAAAGCUUGUCUUCUCCACCAGAACCUCACCAGAAUACGUCUUUGUGGGGCACACACGAUACAGUGUCCUUUCCUACCUCGAAAAACCGCGGCAGUGUACUAAGUGUAACCGCUUCGGACAUCUGGCGAGCACAUGCUCCAAAACGCAACGCUGCAGCCGAUGUGGUGGAGAACAUGUCGUCAGCGGGUGCGAAGCGAAGCAACCAAGGUGCAUAAACUGCAAGAGAGGCCACGAUGCCACGUCCCGGAACUGCCCAGCCUACAAAGCUGAAAAGCAGAUAACUAACUACAGAAGCUCGAACAAUGUCGACUAUACGUCUGCCGAAACUGUCAUCACGAAUGAACCAAAGGUUCGAGGACUGGAGAAGCACCGCACUCCCCACAAGCAAUAG